AAAACCCUCAGCAGCAGCCUCCUCACUCUCAGCCUCAAUAACAUGGAGAUGGUUGUCCUUGAAACUGAACCUGAAGUCUUGAUAGAAAAAAUCUCUAAUAAAGGCAACAGAGACACGUCUGCAGCACCAGGUCUGAAGUGGUGUGUAGGUCUGAAGUGGUUCGGGUGUGUUGCUGUGUCUUUUGGUCUCCUCUGCAUCCUUCAGGUUAUUCUCAACAUUUCCUUGAGACCUCCUCUCAACUAUGAAGCCAGGACCAAAAACCUGACAGACGAGAGAGAUGAGCUGAAGGGGAAGCUGAAUGACUUCGUUUCAGGUCAUGAAGCUGAAAUUAAAACCCUGACUGGAGAGAGAGAUGAGCUGAAGAGGAGCCUGGAUGACUUAAUUUCAGGUCAUGACGCCAAGAUUAAAACCAUGAAUGGAGACAGAGAUGAGCUGAAGAGGAGCCUGGAUGACUUAAAAUCCCAGCAGAAUGCUCUGAUAAGGGAGAGGGAUGAGUUGAAGAGGACGUUGAAUGACUUUGAUCAGCUUCUCCAAGAGGGAUGGGUGUAUUUCCGUUCAAGCUUUUAUUACAUUUCCUCCACUGAGAAAACCUGGCAGGAGAGUCGAGAUGACUGUCUGAGCAGAGGGGCCGACCUGAUGAUUAUAGACAGCCAAGAAGAACAGGACUUCUCAAGAAGACUUUCCAAGAAAAUGUGGUUUGGACUGACUGACAGAACACAGGACGGGACGUGGCGAUGGGUGGAUGGGUCUCCACUGAACACAAGCUACUGGUUCCCUGGAGAGCCCAACAACUUGGGUGAAAUGGAAGAUUGUGCAGAGAUACAUUCGAGUGCUGAGGGAAACAACUGGAAUGACUUGUUAUGUGACAGUCAAAACCACUGGAUUUGUGAGAAGAAAGUCGCUCCAUAAGUCAGCAUCCCAGGUUGAUGUUGAGCUCCUCAUCAGAUGAGAUCAAAUCAGAUACAAUCAAGAAAGCUCUUUUGUCAUUCUGUUGUGCACAAUGCAACCCUCCUCAGAUUCAAAGGCACAUGUGUUUUUAAGUGUUGAUUUUAUAAUAUCUUCAUAAAUAAAUGCAAAUU